AAAGCUUCUUCAAGCAAGAUCUUUAUGGCACAGACAAGAUUAAUGUCACGUUUAUUAGUUUUUGUGAAAUGCUUUUGUUAAUAGUAAAAUAUAUAAAAGUUGUUUAAGAAGUAAAGAACAAAAUACUAUUUAUAAAACUCUGAAGAAUAAGUCAUUCCCAGCGACGAAUAACUGGUAAAGACAAACAAUUUUAACUUGAAAGAAUUGUCCGAAUAGUCAGUGAAAGAGGAAAAUGGGAAAAGAAAAGAAAGCAGAGACGGAGUCUGCGAAUGGCGACGCUGUGUACGACGACAGUAAAAAGAAGAAGAAGAGCAAGAAGCAUAAAAAACACAAGCGCGACGACACCACAGUCGAUAAAACGAUCAAAAGGAAAAAGAAAACCAAGAAGGAAAAACAUAAGAGCCCUAAACAAGAAAGUGAGACUUCUCUAUCAGACGUAGAGGAGCUCAUACAGAAAUCGGGACGACAGCAGAUCAAUAAAAGACCGCCAAUCGUAAUAUCUAAAGCCAAAAAUGGUGACGCAUCUCACAAGGGUCAUAGUAAAACUACCUACGUUAGGAAAGUGGAAGACCAAGAAACUUUAGAGAUUAUUUCUUCUAACUCCGAGACUGAAAAUUAUCAAGAAGACUGCGCAAGUCCAGAGCUAACGCUAAUUGAAGAUGACUUAAACCUUGAGGACCUCAUGAAGCAAAAAGAGUUACUACAAGCUCGUCUCGUCGCUUAUUACUCAGAGAAAAGUGACGAUGAAUCAAAAGAUGACAAAUAUAACGAAGUCACAUGUAUUAACGAUGAUACUAGAUCACCCAUUCUUAAAAGGCCAAGGAAAGAUAAAGAUCACGACCAUAGAAGGAGCAGUAAACACAAAUCGAGCAAAGAUCGGUCAUCUGAGAGAGACAAAUAUAAACCUAAGAGACAAGAAGAAGAUUUAAGAGAGAUAAUUAAUAGAGAAAGUAGAAAAGAAAUGGAACGGCGACUAGAAGAAAGGGAGUAUAGAGAAAAGAAGGAGAAGGAGCGUCGGAAAUUAGAAGAGAAGGAACGGGAAAAGAGAAGGGAACGAGAUAGAGAAAGAGAAAUCAGGGAGCGUGAAAGGGAGCGAGAUAGAGAAAAAGAACGGCGAUCUAUAGAACAGCGGAGAAGAGGGGAUAGCAGGGGAGACCUGUUGAAAAUAACGCGGAGGUCACGUGACCGUUCGCCGAGGAAUGCGCGCCGCGAGCAUAGGCACAUGGAUCGCGAGCGACGCUCCCGCGAACAUCAAACGGGCAGGUGGGAGAAGCAGUCGCGCUCCGACCACAGGUCCAAUAAGAACACAUCCAAUGAGGUAGCUCAAAUAGUUCCAAGCUCUAGCGAUGAGGAACUCAACAUAUCUAUUAACACUGAUGAUGAAGAGGAAACUGAAGAACAGAUCAUUGAAAGGCGGCGGAAGCAAAGAGAACAGCUUAUGAAGCGUCUCGGUGGUGAGAACACAGACCCCAAACCGAAACCUGAUGAGACCCCAAUAAUAUCACCCCCACCGAAAUCUGAGCAUAAACCUGACGUGCAAACCAAGACCAGCAUCAGAGUUGGUUCCGAUACUCCAGAGGUUCGAGUAUCGAGUAAAGAGUCCGUGGAUACCAAAGAUAAGAAGAGCGCCAAGGAACCGAAACCAGAUAAACCUUCAACCGAGUUCAUAAAGAGCGUACAAAGUGAAUCGAAGUCCGAAAUUAAAUUGGAGAAGUCAGUCAAGAGCGGGGAGUGGGAUAUGUUUGCUGAUCAAGACAACUUUGAUAGUGUUGAUACACCUACAGCCGGCAAACCGAAGAGUAAAAAUGCAGCAGAAAACCCUUCAUUGACUGACAAUUGGGAUGAUGCUGAAGGAUAUUAUAGAGUACGCAUCGGUGAGAUGCUGGAUAACCGAUACACGGUGUAUGGUUACACGGGACAGGGGGUGUUCUCCAACGUGGUUCGCGCGAGGGACCAAGCGCGGAACAACAGCGAUGUGGCCGUCAAGAUCAUUAGAAAUAAUGAGAUCAUGCACAAGACCGGUCUUCGGGAGUUAGAAAUCCUGAAGCGACUGAACGACGCGGAUCCCGAAGACAAGUUCCACUGUCUGCGCCUAUUCCGUCACUUCUUCCACAAGAGACAUUUAUGUAUGGUCAUGGAACCUCUCAGUAUGAAUCUACGAGAAGUUUUGAAGAAAUAUGGCAAGAAUAGCGGAAUUCACAUCAAAGCUGUACGCAGCUAUACUCAGCAGAUGCUUUUAGCACUAAAGCUAUUGAAAAAAACCGGUAUAUUGCACGCAGAUAUAAAACCGGAUAACAUUCUUGUAAACGAGAACAAACUGAUGUUAAAACUGUGUGAUUUCGGCGCGGCCGGCCACGUAUCUGACAAUGAAAUUACGCCGUAUCUCGUCUCAAGAUUCUACAGAUCUCCUGAAAUUAUACUAGGAGUCCCGUACGACCAUGGCAUAGACAUGUGGUCAACGGCAUGUACCAUAUACGAACUGUCCACUGGAAAAAUCAUGUUCAGUGGAAAAUCAAAUAACGAAAUGUUAAAAUAUUUCAUGGACCUUAAGGGGAAGAUACCAAAUAAGAUAAUCAAGAAAGGCUAUUUUAAGGAACAACAUUUUGACGCUAAUUGUAACUUUUUAUAUCAUGAACUGGAUAAGAUUACUGAAAGGGAAAAAGUAGUUAUAAUUUCAAGUAUAAAACCGACGAGGGACCUUCAAGCCGAACUCGCCCCACCACAUCACCGGCUGCCGACUCCCGAAGCCAAAAAGAUCACACAGUUAAAGGAUUUACUCGAACGCAUGCUCAUGUUAGAUCCCGCUAAGAGAGCCUCGGUCAACCACUGCCUCGCACAUCCGUUUAUACAAGAGAAAAUCUAACAAUACCCACGACCUCCCCCGGGCUACCGGGGCAGGUCCAGAAACCGCUACAAAACUAGAAAAUAGAAUAAUUUAGCCCAAGAGCCAGGGACUGUCAGACCUUCGUUAUUUUAUAAAGGCUGAAACUUUGUUUGUGCAUAGUCUAUCGUUUAUACCUACUGUAAGGCAGAUGCACACACAAAAUUUCAGCCCUUAUAAAAUAACGAAGGUGUAGCAGUCGCUGGCUCUCGAUCUAACCGUCAUUUUACGUGAUUACAGAUAUAUUAGUAAAUUAUAAUGAGUAUCACUUCCGUGAUACAAGGACUGCUAAGUUCCGAACACCGUAAAUUGUUAUUGAAUGAGUAAUGAAAAGUAUUUUAGCUGAUUAUGUUAUCGUAAAGGGAUAGACAAUUGAAUCCGUAGUCACUAAGCUCCAAGUUAUAAAUCGUUGUUUAACUACAGCCUUUAAUAAAGAUUAUUGUUGUUUUUUAAACCAAAAGUUCCAUUACUAAAGGAGGAGUACAUUCAACUGUGCAAUAAUUCCAAUAGAACAAAUAAUUAGAGUGUUAAUAAUUAACUUAUCUUGUUCAAUACAUUAUGAUGAUUUUUAUAUCAAGUGAAUAAUAUGUCUCAAAAAAGUGUUCAUGAAAAGUUGCAUCGAAAAAUGAAUCAUUACAAAUAGCUUAGUACUUAUGUUUUGAAUUUACAAAUUAAUGUUUUUAGAUGAUGAUUACUUGGAAGAGCGGUAUUACUUAAUUCAUUAAUCUUUUAUCGGUACCUACUGUAAGAAAGCCUUUUACUAAAAACUGUUGUUGUGCGAGUUUUCCAUAUUUAUGAUUCAAAUUGAAUUCAAGUUUUAUGUUUUUAUACGUCCUAAAGAGCGGUUAUACUUAAUGAAAACUUCCAAUGUGAUUUAACUUUGCCUUCCAUAGUAGUUCAAGAAAACAUUCACUUCUGUCAGAAUUUUAACUUAUCCUACUCUGUCUGUACCUCGCAUCAACGAAGCCUACUAAUUAGGUGCUAGGUGGUUCAUGAAUGGUUGUAAUUUUGUUUAUGAUCUUUCCAAUCUAUGUAAGUUCAUGACUAAAAAUCUUCCAUAUUCCAUGAUAAUAACUACAGACAGCAUUAUACCCUUAAAACAAGUAACGCCACCUAGUAAUAGUCUUUGAUACAUCCCAAUUAGUCUUUUGUAAAUAAAGAUUUAUUAAAAAUAACGACAAUUCCUAGUAAAUUGAUUGUUUCAGAAAGUAAAUCAGUGGCGCAAGUUAUUUAAUGCUUGUACGAGUAGUGUUUGUGUUCCACUACUGUGGUACAAGAUUGUUGAACUUGCAUGAAGUCAAUGAUGAGAAUAAAUUAUUUAGGUACCA